AUGGAAUCUCAAGAACGUUUGUUAGAUAUUUAUGAACGAUUGGAUGAUUUGGGUGCAGACAAAGCUGAAACUCGAGCAGGACGAAUUUUGCAUGGUCUUGGAUUUACGAAGAAAAUGCAACAAAAAAAAUGCAAAGAUUUCAGUGGUGGAUGGAGAAUGAGAAUUGCAUUGGCAAGAGCAUUAUUUGUCUCUCCACAUCUCUUAUUACUUGAUGAGCCAACAAAUCAUUUGGAUUUAGAUGCUUGUGUAUGGUUAGAAGAAGAAUUAAGGAAUUAUAAACGCAUUUUGGUGAUGGUAUCUCAUUCGCAAGAUUUUCUUAAUGGUGUAUGCACUAAUAUUGUACAUUUACAUAAAAAACAAUUAUUUAUCUAUGGUGGAAAUUAUGAUGCUUAUGUUCAAACACGUUUUGAAUUAGAAACAAAUCAAAUGAAACGAUAUCAAGGGCAACAAGAACAAAUGGCAAAAACAAAAGGUUUCAUAGCACGAUUUGGAGCAGGAUCACGUUCUUCACAAGCACAAAGUAGAGAAAAACAACUUCAGAAAAUGAUUGAAGCUGGAUUGACUGAAAGAGUGGUACAUGAUAAAACGUUGUCACUCGCAUUUCCUGAUCCGGGAAAAAUUCCACCACCAGUCAUCAUGGUUCAAGGUGUAUCAUUUCGUUAUUCUGAUACAAGUGAGUGGAUUUAUACAAAUCUUGAUUUUGGUAUUGAUUUGGAUACAAGAGUGGCGUUGGUUGGUCCAAAUGGUGCCGGAAAAUCAACACUUCUCAAAUUGAUUGAUAAUCAAUUGUUACCAACAUCUGGUCAAAUUCGACGAAACAGUCAUGUUAGAAUGGGACGUUAUCAUCAGCAUUUAGCUGAAACAUUGGAUUUGAAUAUGUCCGCUCUCGAAUAUAUGAUGCAAUGUUUUCCAGAAGUAACGGAAAAAGAAGAAAUGAGAAAAAUUAUUGGAAGAUUUGGUCUAUCUGGUAGACAACAGAUUUGUCCUAUGCGUAAUUUAUCUGAUGGUCAACGUUGUCGUGUUAGUUUUGCAUAUAUAGCAUGGCAAGCACCUCACUUAUUACUUCUUGAUGAACCAACAAAUCAUCUUGAUAUUGAAACGAUCGACGCCUUAGCUGAUGCGAUUAAAAGUUUUGCCGGCGGUAUGAUUCUUGUUAGUCACGACUUUCGUCUAAUUAAACAAGUGGCAGAUAAAAUAUGGGUAUGUGAGAAGCAAGUUGUCACCGAAUGGCCUGGCGAUAUUAUGUCAUAUAAAGACUAUUUAAGACAAAAAGUACAAGGAGAUUUUAUCAAAAAAUCAUAA